CGGCAGCCGGAAGUCCCGCCUGCCGUGUAGUCGCCGCUGCUGCUGCCGCUGCCGUCGUUGUUGUUGUGGUUGGUGCGCUGAGCUCCGCGGCUCCGAGAGCCGGCUGCAUCCCUUCCCCGCCGCCGCCAUGAAGUGGAUGUUCAAGGAGGACCACUCGCUGGAACACAGAUGUGUGGAAUCUGCGAAGAUCCGAGCGAAAUAUCCCGACCGGGUUCCGGUGAUUGUGGAAAAAGUCUCAGGCUCUCAGAUUGUUGACAUUGACAAACGGAAGUAUCUGGUUCCAUCUGACAUCACUGUGGCUCAGUUCAUGUGGAUCAUCAGGAAAAGGAUCCAGCUUCCUUCUGAAAAGGCAAUCUUCCUGUUUGUGGAUAAGACAGUCCCACAGUCCAGCCUAACUAUGGGACAGCUUUACGAGAAGGAAAAAGAUGAAGACGGAUUCUUGUAUGUGGCCUACAGUGGAGAGAACACUUUUGGCUUCUGAGGGCCAGUGCUGGGCUGGGUGCGCCGCUCCUGCUUGUGUAUCUUGUAAAUAGCCGGCCAUUUUCAGUUACCAGACCUCUUCACGUAGACCUGUCAGUGCAUUUGUAACUGGAUUUAUUUCUUAAUAUAUUGGAAGGUUUUGUUUCCUUAGACUAGUAAAUUAUCAUACAGAGUUUUAUUUUGAGUUUUCCUUUUUGUGCACUGUCCUCAUGGCUAUACUCCAGGGAACUUGUUCCUCUGGGGAUCCUAUUUAAUGAAGAUAUUUCCAUAUUAAAGUGAGGUAGGUGGGGUAUUAAAGUGAAAGGGAGGGAGAUGAUGCAUUUCUUCUGGAUUAUGUUUGAAGUGUUAAAGAUGGUUAAGUAUUAAAAGCACCCAAAUUAAAUCCUUAGCAAUCAGAACACUUGCUUCACUAGAUUUUGCCAACUGCCAAUCAUGUUGGAUUGAGCUUAUCUGUUCCUCUUUCUGAAAAUAUUAAGGUAAAUAAUUAACAAUAAAACUUCCUCUUAUAAAGGCA